CCCGGAACAGGAACCUGUUCGUUGUUGCUGCUGACGUUGGUGCUGUCUCAGUGACGAUGGCGUCCACAGAUCUGUCGCUUCUGGAUCUAACAGACAAGGAAACUCGAGAAAAACUGUCUUUAUGGGACCGCCGCACGGAUGCCACGGCCCCCCUGACGGAGAAGCAAAUGGACUCUGUCCUGGAGAUCCGAGCUGCGGCUGAAACGCUGUCUGUUCCCUCGGAGCUGCCCAUUGAGGACCUGUGCAGCCUGUCGUCUCGGUCCUUGCAGUCCCCUUUCACAGCAGCUGUGCCUGCUUCAACAGAGGACGUCCUACUCAAAGGUUUUCAAAUGCUCGAAAUGGAAAAUGACAGAAUAGAAACUGCACAGCAGUUCUUUGCCUGGUUUGCCAAAUUACAGACGAACAUGGACUUGGAUGAGAGCGCAAAGUACAGGAGAACAAGAGAUGAUUUGAACAGCUACCAAGAACAAUGUGAUGCUAUCCUCAAAGAUGUGAAUGCAGCUCUUGACCAUUUGGAUUCUCUCCAGAAACAGUACCUAUUUGUGUCCAAUAAGACCGGGGCAUUGCAUGAGGCCUGUGAACAGCUGCUCAAAGAACAAUCAGAGCUUGUUGACCUGGCAGAAAGCAUUCAGCAGAAACUGUCAUACUUUAAUGAGCUGGAAAACAUAAACACAAAACUGAAUUCUUCAACUUUAUCUGUAAAUAGUGAAGGUUUUAUACCAAUGUUGUCCAAAUUGGAUGAUUGCAUAGAAUAUGUUUCAUCACACCCUAAUUUCAAGGAUUAUCCAGUUUAUUUGGCUAAAUUUAAACAAUGUCUCUCUAAAGCUAUGCACUUCAUGAAGGUCUACAUCAUAAACACUAUGCAAUCUCUUACAAGCCAGUUAACAAAAAGGGAUCCAAUGGGUCUCACUAAUGCAGAUAAUGCAUUUACACUUUAUUAUGUGAAAUUUAGAGCUGCUGCGCCUAAAGUUAGAUCUCUGAUUGAACAGAUAGAGCAGCGAGCACAGAAGAUUCCAGAGUACCAGCAGCUGCUAGAUGAAAUCCAUCAGUGCUAUCUUGACCAGAGAGAGCAGCUGCUCAGUCCCUGCAUUACAUCCACCAUUACUGACUUGACCAAGCAAAACAGCAAAGACCACUGUGCUCUGGUUCGAAGUGGCUGUGCCUUUAUGGUUCAUGUGUGUCAGGAUGAACAUCAGCUGUUUAAUGAGUUCUUCACCCAGCCUACAUCUAAAUUAGAAGAACUUUUAGAGAAGUUGUGUUUGUCGCUGUACGAUGUUCUCCGGCCGCUGAUUAUCCAUGUCAUACACCUCGAAACCCUGUCUGAGCUGUGCAGCAUCCUAAAGAAUGAGAUGUUGGAAGACCACGUUCAAAACAACGCUGCCCAGCUGGGUGCCUUUGAUGCCGUGGUGAAGCAGAUGCUGGAGGACGUUCAGGAGAGGCUGGUCUACAGGACUCACAUUUACAUCCAGACUGAUAUCACAGGUUACAACCCAGCUCCAGGUGAUCUGGCUUAUCCUGAAAAACUGGAAAUGAUGGAGAGAAUUGCCCAGAGCUUGAAGGAGGAACAGAUGAAGCAGAUGUCACAAGAGGCUGUGUUUUCUGAUGUUCAGCUUGAAGACGCCGAUAGAAGAAGAAACAGCAAUGCAGGCAACGUGGAACCCUCCCGUCUUCAGACAUCUGUGUCUCCCGCAGAUCUGCACGGCAUGUGGUACCCCACUGUCAGGCGAACCCUGGUUUGUUUGUCCAAGCUCUACAGAUGCAUUGAUAGAGCAGUAUUUCAGGGUUUAUCUCAAGAAGCCUUAUCUGCCUGCAUCCAGUCGCUGCUCAAAGCCUCUGAUAUCAUCCUUAAAAACAAGACUCAAAUAGACGGGCAACUCUUCCUGAUCAAGCACCUGCUGAUUUUGCGUGAACAGAUUGCCCCAUUUCACACUGAUUUUGCCAUCAAGGAAAUCUCACUGGACCUGAAAAAAACGCGAGAUGCUGCCUUCAAAAUCCUGAACCCCAAGGCUGUUCCUAAAUUCUUCCGAUUCAAUAGUCACAAUGCCAUACUUGAAUUCCUGUUGGAGGGAACACCAGAGAUAAAAGAGCACUACAUUGACUCAAAGAAGGAUGUGGACCGACACCUGAAGUUUAGCUGUGAGCAGUUUAUCCAGCAGCAGACUCAGAUCUUUGUGGGGAACCUUGAGGAGUUUCUCACCAAGGUUUCAGCUCUGAAAACGAUGGCCGUCCAAGGUGGUCCCACCUACAGCCUGUCUCAGCAACCUUGGGCUCAGCCAGCAAAGAUCAACGAUAUAGUGAUGGCCACAUACCGGGUGAUGAAGAGCAAGCUGCCGAGCACUUUACAGAGCAUGUCCUUGUACUUGGCCAACAGAGACACAGAGUUCAUCCUUUUUAAGCCUGUUCGGAAUAACAUCCAGCAGGUUUUCCAAAGACUGCACACUUCGCUUCAGGAGGAAUACAGUGGAGAAGACCUUCAAAUCAUCGCAUGUCCAUCUAUGGAGCAGAUUAACCUGCUGCUGUCAGUGAAUAAGUAAUGUUCGGUGAAUCGAUGCACCAUCUCGAUGGCGGCGUGAAGCCGGCGCUUCAGUCAUGACCGGGAGGCUGAGGGGGCGGAAUGACCAGAAAAGAUCCUGCAUCUGUGCUAACCUGCUGGGACGGGAGUGCUGGAUGGAUGUUUUAAAAAAAAAAAAUGUAUCAGAUGAAGGUUUGGGUACUCGCGUUGAACUCCACAUAGGAGAAGGACUUUUCAAGGUCAGCCUAUUGCGCAAAAAUUAGGGUCUUAGGGUUACUCCUACUUA